AUGACGAGUAAAAAGGCACCAAGGAUUAUUUUGGGUUGUGCAACAAUGGGUCCCCCAGGAACAAAUAUUGCGAGAAUCACUACCGUCGAGAAAACCAAGGAAAUGUUCAAAACUUUACAGUCAUAUGGGUACACUGAACUCGAUACUGCUCGAUUGUACAACGAUGGCAAACAAGAAGCUUUUACAAGAGAGACAGGUGUACUUAAUGAAGGAUUCACCGUAGCCACAAAGGUGUAUCCUAUAGAAGCGGGUAUGCAUAAACCAGAGAAACUACGGCAGCUAUUUGAAACUAGUCUUCGAGAACUGGGUCAAGAUUCUGUCGAAAUCUUUUAUCUUCAUGCGCCCGAUCGAAGUGUUCCAUACGAAGAAACUCUGGAGGAAAUCAAUAAACUGUACAACGAAGGAAAAUUCAAAAUAUUCGGAUUGAGUAAUUAUGCUGCUUGGGAAGUAGCACAUAUGGCACAAAUCUGUAUUUCGCAUCAAUGGGUCCGACCAAAAAUCUAUCAAGGUAUGUACAAUGCUCUGACACGUGCCUUAGAAGAGGAACUUGUGCCUUGCUGUCGAUACUACGAGAUUGCUAUUGUUACCUACAAUCCACUAGCUGGAGGUGUUCUCUCUGGAAAAUACAAAUCUUCGUCGGAAAUUCCUGAAGAAGGUCGAUUCUCAAAUGCUAAUGGAAAUACAUCAGGAAAAUUAUACCGUGACCGAUACUUUAACGAAAUUUAUCUUGAUGCCGUUAAUCGUCUUUCACCUGUAGUAGAAAAAUACGGUUUGACUCUUGCAGAGACGGCGUUUCGAUGGUUAGUACAUCACUCAAAACUACGUUCUUUCGAUGGUGAUGGAAUCAUUAUUGGAGCGAGUAGUGUCGAACAGCUGAACUCUAAUUUGAAAGACUUGCAAAAGGGACCUCUACCAGACGAGGUCCUUCAAGCAUUAGAUGAAGCAUGGCAUUGUACUCGAGCUGUUGCCAAGACAUAUUGGAGAUAA